UUCUGUGCACAGAAGACCACCGAAUAGAAACAGCAAAAACAAGAGCUGGUGCGUCCAAGGCACCCACGAGCCUUCUCCAAUGGCCAUGCAAUCCGCUUCCGCUCCUCUGUACGAGAAAAUAAGCCUGAAAAACGAUGCAAAGAGGGCGGUAGAGGUCUUCAUCUUGUUCCUUCUCGCCUCUCUCCUCGCGUAUCGGCUUGUGCACCUCGCGGACCACGGGCUCGAAUGGCAGGUUGCGCUCGUGUGCGAGUCGUGGUUCACGUUCGUGUGGGUUCUCGUCGUCAGCACGAAAUGGAGCCCUGUGAGCUACAAAACUUACCCUCAACGUAUCUUGCAAAGGAUAACGGAGCUUCCUCCGGUGGACGUUUUUGUCACAACAGCAGAUUCGCAGCUAGAGCCACCGAUCAUCACCGUGAACACGGUCCUCUCUUUAAUGGCGGUAGAUUACCCAGCUCACAAGCUGGCGUGCUAUGUCUCCGAUGACGGCUGCUCGCUGUUGACCUUCUACUCUCUAAUGGAAGCUGCCGAGUUCGCAAAGCUCUGGGUCCCGUUUUGCAAGAAGUACAACAUUCAAUUGCGAGCCCCGUUCCGUUACUUCGCUGGCGAUGCGGCAACAUUGUCCAGUGAAGAUUGCUCGAUGGAAUUCCAACAAGCAAGGGACACAAUGAGGGAUGAGUACGAGAAGCUGAGCAGGAAGAUAGAAGACGCGUCCCAAGGCUCAGUCCCAUCUGAUUUUACCGGGGAGUUUGCGGCUUUCUCUAACGUAGAACGCAGUAAUCACCCCAGUAUUAUUAAGAUUAUAGUAGAAAACAAAGAAGGUCAUCCAGAUGAAUUGCCGCAUCUGAUCUACAUAUCGCGAGAAAAGCUUCCAAAGCACCCGCACCAUUACAAGGCAGGAGCCAUGAAUGUCUUGACCAGGGUGUCGGGACUCAUGACAAAUGCUCCGUUCAUGCUAAAUGUUGACUGCGACAUGUACGCCAACAAUCCACAGAUUGUUCUUCAUGCUUUGUGUCUCCUUCUCGGUACAAAACAUGAGAGAGACUGCGCAUUUGUUCAAUGUCCACAGAUCUUCUAUGAGGGACUAAGGGAUGAUCCGUUUGGAAAUCAAAUGGUGGUCUUAUUCAAAUACUUGGGACGAGGGAUAGUGGGAAUUCAAGGACCUUUGUAUGGGGGAACAGGAUGCUUUCAUCGUCGGAAAGUAAUCUAUGGGUCAUGGCCAGAUGACGUGAAGACUGAAAAUAGCAGUCUUACCUCGAAGGGAGAAUCAACCAAGGAAAAAUCACUAAACGGAUUUGGAAGUUCAAAACAGCUCAUCAACUCUGCUGCUUAUGCUCCACGAGGCAAUUCAGAUCAUCCAAAAGAUCUCGCGAGCUCUCUUGAAGCAGCCAUUCAUGUCUCUAGUUGCACCUAUGAAUACAAUACUGACUGGGGUGAAGAGAUUGGUUGGAUGUACGGCUCGGCGACAGAAGAUGUCCUUACGGGAUUGGCCAUCCAUACCAAGGGUUGGAGAACACUCUACUGUUCACCAAACCCACCAGCUUUUCUAGGCUGUGCACCAUCUGGUGGGCCUACCUCGAUGACCCAGCAGAAGAGAUGGGCCACAGGCCUGCUCGAAAUUCUAGUAAGCAAAAAGAGUCCAAUAUAUGGCACCCUAUUCAUGCAGCUCCAUUUCAGGCAAUGUUUGGCGUACCUAUGGAUCCUAACUUGGGCACUGAGAUCCAUACCCGAGUUCUUAUAUGCUCUCCUAGCAGCUCAUUGUAUCAUCAUCAACUCCCACUUCUUGCCCAAGGGCCAAGAACCAGCUAUCCUAAUUCCAGCUGCAAUUUUCAUCAUCUACAACCUAUACUGUUUAUCCGAGUACCUCAUGACCGGCUUGUCAAUGCGUGCAUGGUGGAACAACCAAAGAAUGCAGCGGAUAACAUCCGCAUGUGCCUGGUCAUUUGGAGUCUUAAGUGUUGUACUCAAGCUCUUAGGGCUAUCAGAGACGGUAUUUGAAGUAACCAAGAAAGAUCAGUCCGCAUCUAGUGAUGGGACCGGUACCGAACUUGGGAGGUUCACUUUUGACGAGUCCCCAAUUUUUGUACCAGGCACGGCUCUUCUGCUGGUGCACUUGACAGCAAUAGUUGCAAUGUUGUUAGGGUUGCGCCCACAGGCUUCCGGUAACAAUGGCUCGGGUUUAGGAGAGGUGGUAUGUACUGUAUGGGUGGUGCUGUGUUUCUGGCCAUUUUUUAGGGGACUCUUUGGGAAAGGAAAAUAUGGCAUUCCCUCCACUACUAUAGUGAAGGGAGCAAUCCUAGCGAUCGCUGUAGUUUGCUUAUCUAGAUUUACAUCCACAAGUUGAUAAGGGCUGCAAAUUGUUGAAUUUCGUAUUUGCAAAAUAAAAAACAUGAUUGUACAAUUGAUCAGCCCCUAUGUUUCCAAUAGAAGACGAGAUAUUCUCAUUGCUUUCAUGAAACUCUCAUGGAGCAGCAAAUUUUCA